UCUCGCCAACGCUCCGAGUCGCUGAGCGGCUGGCAGGGCGCGGGGGGACCCGUGGGGGAGCCGAAGCCUCCGGGACCCCCGAGCCCGCCGCCGGGGGCGGUCAGGGACAUCCUCCCGAGCUUCUGGGCCAGGGGAGGAGGGCGGGGAUGUGGCUUCUGCUCCCUGUCCAGCAGGCAUUUAAAAAGUUGUUGGGAAAUGAAUCACGGGGUCCUGGGAGCUCUGUUAACCCCUUCCCUCCCCGUUCCCCAAAGGCCCUAAGGAGAGCCAGAGGGGUCCCCCCAUAUCCUCCCGCACGGUCUCCCGUGCCCAACUCCACUGCGGAAUUCUCCAUUGAGUAACCUUUGAGACCGCGUGGCUGGCACCCCAGGGGGCACACCCCGGGCUCCCGGAUUAUGUGGCUCCAUCCGAGUUUCGCAGGGGGGCGCGGGACCGGCUCGCUGCAUUCCGGCAGCCGAGGCUCCGCCACCCGCCCAGGGCCGUCCCCACCACUAGCCGCGGCCGCGGGAGAAACGCCGCCGGCCGGCGUCUCUCGGGGACCCCGCCGCCACGUCCGCGUGCCCCAUCUGUGAGGUCUGGGGGGCCGGCGGGGCCCCGACGCUGGGCAUGCUGCCCCCGCCCGCGCCGCGCGGCUCGUUCCUCUAGAGCGCUGCCGGGGCCGGGCGGCGCGGGGCCGGGUGGGGGCCGGGCGCGCGCGGGCCGCGGGGCUCAGCUGUGCUGCUGUUCUCUCCGCAGGGACGGCGGCUCCCGGCUGGCGGCGGCGCGCCCCCGGGCUGUGAAUGCGACUCGCCCCUCGGCCGCGCUCCCCGCCCGCCCGCCCGCCGGGACGUGGUAGGGGAUGCCCAGCUCCACUGCGAUGGCAGUUGGCGCGCUGUCCAGUUCCCUCCUGGUCACCUGCUGCCUGAUGGUGGCUCUGUGCAGUCCGAGCAUCCCGCUGGAGAAGCUGGCCCAGGCGCCGGAGCAGCCGGGCCAGGAGAAGCGCGAGCACGCGUCUCGGGACGGCCCGGGGCGGGUGAGCGAGCUCGGGCGCCCCGCGAGGGACGAGGGCGGCGGCGGCCGGGACUGGAAGAGCAAGGGCGGCCGCGGGCUCGCCGGCCGGGAGGCGUGGAGCAAGCAGAAGCAGGCCUGGGCCGCCCAGGGCGGGGGCGCCAAGGCCGGGGACCUGCAGGGCCGGGCCCGCGGGGACACCCCGCAGGGGGAGCCCCCGGCCGCCGCCGCCGCCGCCGCCGCUGCCGCCGCCGCCCAGGACGCGGCCGGCCCGGACCUGGCGCCCACGCCGGAACCGCCGGAGGAGUACGCGUACCCGGACUACCGCGGAAAGGGCUGCGUGGACGAGAGCGGCUUCGUGUACGCCAUCGGGGAGAAGUUCGCGCCGGGCCCCUCGGCCUGCCCGUGCCUGUGCACCGAGGAGGGGCCGCUGUGCGCGCAGCCCGAGUGCCCGCGGCUGCACCCGCGCUGCAUCCACGUCGACACGAGCCAGUGCUGUCCGCAGUGCAAGGAGAGGAAGAACUACUGCGAGUUCCGGGGCAAGACCUACCAGACUCUGGAGGAGUUCGUGGUGUCUCCGUGUGAGCGGUGCCGCUGCGAAGCCAACGGAGAGGUGCUGUGCACAGUGUCCGCGUGUCCACAGACGGAGUGUGUGGACCCCGUGUACGAGCCUGACCAGUGCUGCCCCAUCUGCAAAAAUGGUCACCUCUGCGAGAAAGGCUACGGUGCGUGGGUGGCCACGGAAAGGCUGACAGAGUUGCUUCUGACUGUUGGAACAGUUCCUCAAAAGCGUCCAGAGUCCGUGGUGCCGAAUUCAGGUCCAAACUGCUUUGCAGAAACUGCUGUCAUCCCAGCUGGAAGAGAAGUGAAGACGGACGAGUGUACCAUAUGUCACUGUACUUACGAGGAAGGGACGUGGAGAAUUGAAAGACAGGCCAUGUGCACGAGGCACGAAUGCCGGCAGGUGUAGACACGGGGCCGUAUAAAAACAGACGUUUUUCUAGAAUAUUUUACUGACGUGAACACUCUAGAUGACUCUGGGGAAUGUCAUCCAAAAGGAGAAGACUUUUGAUGAGGAGUGUGCAAAGUUGUGCGUACCUUUUGCGCUUCUCGGUAACCGUUUCCUGCAGGAGAAGGAAAUGGGUCUAUUUCAAAACGUCCACAAGAACUUUGGGCACAAAACCCCCUCUCUAAAUAAAUGUGCUAUUUUCACAGUAAGUACACCGAAGUACACUAUUAUAUAUUAAAUGUAUUUCUAUAAUCCCUCUAUUAGAGAGCUUAUAUAAAUGUUUUCUAUAGAUACAGAUUAAAAAUGCUGUGUUGUCAACCGCC